UGUUUGUGUCAAGUCUCUGCUUCUUCUCCUUCUGUGGACGAACUGUGAAGGCAGAGAGUCCGAGCGGAACUACGUUACGUGCGGUUCUUUGGUCAAACUCCUCAACACUAGACACAACGUCCGCCUGCACUCCCCACGAUGUCAAUAUGGCUCAGGCAGUGGACAACAGUCUGUAACUGGAGUGGAAAGCGCCGACGACGCCAACAGUUACUGGCAGAUUCGAGGCAAACCCAACCGUCCGUGUCAGCGCGGCGUGGCCAUCAAGUGUGGUCAGGCCAUCCGCAUCACGCCAUGAAAACCAGCCGCAACCUGCACACGCACCACUUCAGCUCCCCGCUGGCCAACAACCAGGAGGUCAGCGCCUUUGGAGAGAACGGCGAGGGCGACGACCUGGACGUGUGGACGGUCCAGUGCGACGGCGUCCACUGGGGCGACGAGACGGUGCGCUUCAAACACGUGGGCACCGACGUGUUCCUGAGCGUGACGGGGCAGUACGGCCACCCCAUCCGAGGCCAGCGCGAGGUGCACGGCAUGAGCGCGCCCAAUCACCACAACUGGUGGCGCGCCAUGGAGGGCGUGUUCAUCCAGCCCAGCGUGGAGCCGCUGCGCCACGACGAGCUCUGACGGGCACGUGAUCAGACGCAGUAACGGACACGCCUGUGCGCACAGACUCCGCCUUCACGUUCCUGUGGUCGUUUUAUAGCUCGCAUUGGACAGAAAUGUCGUGUGUGUGUGUGUGUGUGUGUGUGUGUGUGUGUGUGUGUUUGGGCUCCGACGGACGAAGAUAAUGUGAUUUUUUUUUUUUUUUUUUUUUCUACAAGUUUGAUUAAAUUAAAUGAGUUAUGGGCUGCAUUUACACUAUGUGGACAAAAGUAAUGGGACACAUUAGAUUCAGGUGUUUCUUUUCCAACAGGGGUCCGGGAUAUAAAACUAUAAUGACUAAUGUCAGAAUAUAGUUU